AUGAGUACAGUCGGAGAUAUAAUAAAGGUGAAAACAUGGUCACCUUCCGUUCCUUGCAAAAUUCCAGAUAAUAUCAUUUCUUCGCAAUUCACGACCCAGAAAGCAUUCGUUCCAUCAUAUGAAAAACAAAAACGUCCUUGUAUAGAGCAAUUAUUAACGAAUGAAUACCAGCGAAUCUGGUGGCAAGAGAAAGCGUCAUGGGACAAAAGAAUGCAGAGCAAAGCACCUAGCAAGAAGUUACUACACCGCAUGAUAAUUCGAAGAAAACCGCAAGUCGCUCCUCCUCAACCAAAAAAGAUUAGAAAACCAAAGAAGAAGAAGGAAAAAAAAGUCGAAAAAUCAGAAGAAAAAAGAAAGGAAGAAGAAAAGACUCCUACACAAGAAGAAAAAAUUGACAAAACGGAGGAAAAUAAUAUCGAAAAGUCGCCAAAAUAA